AUGCAGAAGGUUGUACUUCUUCUCAAUAGCUGGGAUAAAGUGCUAGGAGGACCGAAGGGAAGAUUUCCCCACUUCUCUGAAGUAUCUAACGAUUUGAAGUCUUCUGGAGUUUCUUUUUUUGGAGAAGAAGAAAAGAAUGAGGGAAUCAUUGACAUGAAGGCAUCUGCACAGAAGGUGACGACGUUCUACCAAUCCCGCAGGUUGCUUCGACAGGCAGAGAAAGAUGCGGUGGAAAGAAGGGUCGUUGCAGAAAUGCUGAAUAAUGGGGUGGAUUACGAAGAAAUUUUUGAGGACAACCUUGAGCUCCUGGACCUAUGCAAGAAGAAGUUGCUGGAUUAUUUGACUUCUAGAAGCCUUGUCGGAGUGUCAACUGUGAAAGAUGUCAGAACCCUUGCGUCAGUGAAAGAGAGAAUCAGGAUUAGGGCUGUUCGUGCACUAAUUCCCAGUGGGUGGGGGAAGAUAAGGAAGUGCAUGAUGAAUAAAGGAAUACAGAUCGAAGAAAUGGGUGAUCGAAGGAGCUGA